AUGCGACCUCAUGAAGUGCGCAAAGAUCGUCUGAUUGUUGAUCUAGACUUUGGGACCAUCUUCUCCGGCUGCGUCUUUACCUACACCGGCAGUUUUGAAUUACCUGACGAGAUUGAGUCAAUCAAAAAUUGGUCUGGAUUCGACAACUUCACUCCUGACAAGGUUCCGUCUGAAGUCACGUACGAACCAACGUCAUCUGGUACUGGAGUGAAGCGCGAGACCGAGUCCGAUGACGGUUGGUAA